AUGUCUGGCUUACCCCGAGGUGUCGAUGUCCUUGGACAGUUUCCUCAACUCAAAACAUACAACCAUGGCGUCGCUCUCUUUCCAUGGCGCGAAGACCUUACCCAAGAAAUAGUAAUCUCUGCACUUAGGGAAGCAACUGGCAAAAUUCUCGCGGCAAUUCCAUGGCUCACUGGACAAGUUGUCCAUACAGAAGGUGAAAACGGGACUUCUGGCACAAUCCGUGUUGAGCCGUGGCCAACGGACAUUCCUCCUCACGGCCUCCUCAAGAUCAAAGAUGCAACCGAUCUUUUACCAUCCUACGCUGAGAUGUGUGCUGCAAAUGCACCAUUCUACAUGCUGGAUGGAAAGGUACUCUGCCCUUACCCAGGAUUUCCUGAGCGAUACGACACUGCAGUAAUCGGACCUGCACCACCAGCUAUGAUUCAAGUUACAUUUGUCAAAGGAGGCUUUCUUUUGACAUACACGAAUCAACACAAUGUUGUUGAUGGAACCGGUCUUUUCACAAUCAUCACACUUCUCUCCGCGGCUCUUCGCGACGAGCCUUUCCCAGAAGAUAUCAUUGCCGCUGCAAACCAGGAUCCAGGUGAUGUAAUUCGUCUUUUGGAUCCAUUUGAGCCUAUUCUCGAUCAUAGCUGGCUGCUCAAGCCUGAUCCAGCACCCGAGUUUGUCCCCGCACGUCCCGGUGGAAGGUGGCAAAACUUUCUCUUUCGUAAGGAAACACUCGCAGACCUCAAGAAGCUUGCCGAAGAUCCUGUUGGAUAUGAUCCGGACGUUCCUUUCAUCUCUCCAAAUGACGCUAUUUGCGCCCUAUUCUGGAAGUCACUAGCCUCAGUGAGAAUAAAAACUGGAUUAGCACCCUCGACAGUAUCGAAGUUCAACCGCGCCAUCGACACACGACCGGUACUUGGAGUUUCUCCAGGUUAUCUAGGUCAGAUGGUGUACAUAUCUCCAUCGCGCCUCACGUUCCAAGAGCUUGUUGACGCACCACUCUCUACUGUUGCGACUCGACUGCGCAAGGAUCUCGACGAUGUGAACAACGCCUUCUCUGCUCGCUCCUAUGCCACCUUUGUUGACUCUGUCGAUGAUAAGAUGCAGCUUAUGUAUUCCGGAGGAAUGAAUCUUCAAACCGAUGUUGGUCAUUCGUCAAUGAUGAAUGCGAAGGUCAAUGGAUUCGACUACGGUAUUCUGGGGAAAUCAGACUUCGGACGUCGUCCUCACCUGCCAUUGACAGUCAACACAUUCUAUAUCUAUCCUCAGGAAGCAAAUGGUGAUUAUCUCAUCCUCGUCUGUCUGCCAGACAUGGAGUUGAAGGGACUCAUGGAAGAUCCUGAUUGGAGUCGCUGUACGUAUGUGAUUGAGGAGAAAUACUAG